AUGAAGGAAUAAAAGCAUGACCCCAAUGUUGCUCUAAAAGUUCUUAACUUUUUUUUAAGAGGAAGAGCAUAAGGAACUAUAUUUCCAGAACAUCAAGCUAUGAGUCCAGAAGAGAUUAAGUCAAUUUUCCAUAGAGCCUUCAUUCGAUUAAGAGCAAUCUAUUUACUUAAUAAAUUAUCCUAGGAAAUAAUUAUGUAUGGAACAUCAUCUAAUUUAUUUGACAUAUCAACAAGAGACAGGUAAAAUAUUCGAUGAUUUUAAGACCUGCAUUAUAAAAAUACCUCUUUCCUCUUAAUAAGUCUACAGAGCAUAAAGAUUAAAGUCCAUAAUUUCCGAUUAUUCAUCCAGAUUCUUAUGUUAAAUUCGUGUGGAAUUUAAUUUUCACUGCAAUUAUAUUAUACACAUCCAUAAUAUUGCCAUUUCGAAGUAUGUGUUUGAUUCAUAGUAGUUUCAUUCUAUGUUAACAAAGAAGAAUCAUAUUGGUAAUAAAUAGAUAUUGUUACUGAUGUAUUAUUUUGGAUAGAUUUAUGUAUCAAUAUGUUUAGUGGAUAUUAUGAUGAAGAGGGGAAAUUGGUAGUAUAAAAAAGGACGGUGAUUCUGAAAUAUUUGAAAGGGUGGUUUUUACUAGAUUUCAUUUCCUGCUUGCCUUUGACUUACAUGAUUGAUUCAUCAAAUUCGAACGACGGUUAGGAAAUUAAACUAGUGAAAUUAGCAAAAUUGCCAAGACUGUAUAAAUUGACAGGAUUGGUGAAAUUAUCAAAAUAAUUUAGAAUAACAAGCAGCGAUUUUUUCUAAUUCAAUUAUGGUAUGACUAGAUUGACCUCCCUAUUUUUAUCGGUCAUAUUAGUUAUUCAUUUAUCAAGUUGUGUUUGGCAUUACGUUGCAGCAUUCAAUAACUAUGAAGUGAACAGUUGGGUAUAUUAAAAUGACCUAUCGAAUUCAUCUAUUCAAACUAAAUAUAUAGCAGGAAUGUACUAUGCCUUCACUACCUUAACUACUGUAGGAUAUGGAGAUAUCCAUGCCUAUUCCCCAUAGGAGAAGAUCGUCACUAUUAUCUUGAUGAUUUUAGGAGUCUUAUUCUAUUCAACAAUUAUAGGUUUGUUGUCCUCAGUCUUAUCCCAAAUAGAUUAUAAAGCACAUAUACUAAAUCAGAAAAAGGCAAUAAUGAGUGAAUUUUGUUUAGAAAAGAAAAUUUCUAGGUAAUUAAGAGAUUGUCUAAAAGAGACCUUGGAGUACAAUUUUAGUAAGAAUGGAUUUGUUUGGGCCAGUGAUACUAAAAUAUUUUAAGACAUUCCUAUGAAUUUAAGAUAUGAAAUAAUGAUGUCUAUGCAUGGUGGUGUGUUUGGACAUUAAGCAUUGUUUUAAUUGGUAGAGGAUAAAGCUUUUGUUGUGAACAUUGUACCAUUGUUAAAACCAUUAUUUAUGCUAGAGAGCGAGUAAAUUAAGUCAUAUUGAUUUUAGAGUGAUUUGGGAAGAAAAAUCAAAUCCAGAUGCUAUUUAUUUAAUUGAUAUUGGAAGAGUCAAUUUUAAAACUAAUUUCAUAGUCUAAGCAACUACUAGUCAAUUAAAAUUAUUCUCAUUCAAAUCUAUGAUAAGUGGUUCAUAUUUUGGAGAAAUAGAAAUCUUUUUCCACACUACAAGAGAGUAUGUAGUUCAAUGUGAAUCUAACUGUGAAUUUUAUUACUUAACUCUUUAAGCUUUUGAGAAUGAGAUCUAUGAUGAUUUUCCUCAUAUGAUGGAUAAAAUGAGAAAGAUUGCAGAGGAUAGAAGGAAGAAGAAUUUGGAAACUAUUGAAUAGUUGCAAAAGUUCAUUUUGGAUGAAACUGCAAAGCCAGAAGCAAGAAGUAAUGAAUUAUUGGUUAUUGUUAGUAUCAAAAAAGAAAAAGACUAUUCUCUUAAAAGAAUAUCAGAGUGAUAGUUAGAGUAAUAUUAAUGAUAUAACCUAAAGAUAGAAUGCGAGUAAAUAGAGUAGAAGCAAACAUGAAGCAGCUUUACUUGAAUUAAGGAAGAGAGAUUUGAACUAAAACCAUGAUCAUUCAAAGACUGUGUUUUAGUAACGUAAUCCUUUUAGCUAAAAACAAAUUUAAAUCAACCAAAACAAACAGAAACUUUAAGAAUUAGUUUUAAUUGCAGAGGAAAUCUCUGAUCUUUUAGAAGAAUGA